AUGGCUCCCAACACCGCAGUGCAGAUUCCCGCGGCGAAGCUCCUCAGCAGCCGGAGCCAUGUCGUCCCCGGACAGCUGCUCGUCACGGAGCUCUUCUUCGAGGUGCCGCUCGAUUACGAGAACCCCUCCGCCGGCACCAUAACCCUGUUCGCCCGCCGCGCCAACAAGCGUGAGGUGCCCAUCUUUCCGCCCGACGUCGAGGGCGACGACAAGAAGCAGGAUGCCGCGCUCAAGCCGUACAUGGUGUACCUCGAGGGCGGUCCCGGCUUCGGGAACAGGGAGCCUCAGGACCAUCCCGUUACCCGCACCGCCCUGGCCAGGGGUUAUCAGAUGCUCUUCAUCGACCACCGUGGCGUUGGCAUGAGCACGCCCGUCUCUGCUGCCAUGCUCGCCAAAGUAGGCGACGUCGACGCUCAGGCGCGAUACCUCAGCCUCAUGCGCCAGGACAAUACGGUCCGCGACUGCGAGGCCGUCCGCAAGUGCCUCACUGAGGGCUGGCCCGAGGCCAAGGCCGCCUGGUCCACAUUUGGCCAGUCCUAUGGUGGCUUUGUCACUCUGUCAUACCUUUCCAUGCACCCCGAGGGCCUGCGCGAGGCCUUCCUGACCGGCGGCCUCGCCCCCGUUGGAAAGACGCCCGAGCAGGUAUAUGGCGCCACGUUUCGCAAGACGGCUGAGCGCAACGAGCAGUACUUCACCAAGUUUCCAGAGGACGUCGAGGUGCUUCGUCAGCUCGCUGCCUACAUCGAGGGCGAAGGCGGCAUUGCCCUUCCUUCCGGCGGCACACUGACAGUGCCCCGUCUGCUGACCAUCGGCAUCGCCUUUGGCGGCCAUGGCGGUUUCGACAACGUUCACAGCACUCUCAUGCACCUGAAGACGUCCCUAGACCAGUUCGGCUUCUUCACGCGGGCCGCGCUGCAACCCCUCGAGACCUUCACUCCUUUCGACACCAACAUCAUAUACGCGAUUCUUCACGAGGCCAUUUACUGCGACGGCAUUCCCUCCGACUGGGCCGCCUACCGUGUCGGCAAGGCGCUCAAGGAGUUUUCGUGGCUCAACCCGGGCUACGUCUGCGCGACAUCUACGGAGCCACUGUUCUUCUCUGGUGAGAUGAUUUUCCCACUGCAUUUCGAGACCUAUCCAGAGCUACAGUCUCUGCGGGACGUGGCAGAGAAGCUUGCCAAGAGGACAGAUUGGCCGCACCUCUACGAUCAAGAGCGUCUGCGCAAUAACAAGGUCCCGGUGUACGCAGCGUCGUAUGUGGAGGACAUGUACGUGGAGUGCAACCUCGCCAGGGACACUGCCAGGUUGGUCAGGGGCACCAAGGUGUUUGAGACCAAUGUCGUAUAUCACAACGGUGUGCGAGCCAAGUCCGAUGAGAUUCUUCAGCAACUCUUUAGCUUGAGGGACGAUGUCCUGGAUUAG